AUGGCGACCGCAACCAAAACCUCCGCAAACGCCGCCUCCUCCAUCCUCAACCACUCCUCCCAGCACUACAACUUCCGAUUCUCGCCCUUCCUCCGAACCACAUACCAAGUCGGCCUGCCGCUCGACCGCCCCAUAUGCAAAGCCUACCAGUCAGGCAGCUGCCCCAACGGCACGCGCUGCACAGAACGACACGUCCAGGACGCCAAAACGGCCCAAGCAACCGGCGGCCUGAACUCGCUCGUAUGCAAACACUGGCUGCGCGGGCUCUGCAAGAAGGGCGAGCACUGCGAAUUCCUGCACGAGUACAACCUACGAAAGAUGCCGGAGUGCAACUUCUUCAUGCGAAACGGGUACUGCUCCAACGGAGAAGAGUGCCUGUACCUGCACGUCGAUCCGUCGUCGAGGCUGCCGCCCUGUCCGCACUACGACAUGGGCUUCUGUCCGCUGGGGCCGCUGUGUUCGAAGAAGCAUGUCAGGAGGAAGGUGUGCGCGUUUUAUCUGGCGGGGUUUUGUCCGGACGGGCCGGAGUGCAAGGCGGCGCAUCCGAAAUGGAGCAAGGAUCUGGAUAAGCCGACUGUCAAGGUGGAUAAGAAGGAGGAGGAGGAUGUGCAUGUGGAUAGUGGCAUGAGGGGGGAUGAGGAUGGCGGGGAGAGGAUGAGAGAUGGGAUGGGACGCGGCGAUAGGGAUAGGGAGAGGGAUGAUGGACGGCAUGGCGGGAGGCAUAGGGGCGGAGGGAAAUGGAGAGGUGGGAGGGGUGGCAGAUUUAGAGGGAGAGGGCAUUGA